AUGUGGGCGAUGCCCCGGGAUGCGUCCGUCCUGAGCCUCUCGGACCAAGUAGUCCUGAACAAUCUUGAGGUCUUAUGUCGGCAGAAUGCACUGAUGCUCAAGCUGUUGACGAGGAUCGAGCAGCAGCUCACAAAGAGUGAAAACAUAAGCAAAGGCAAAAAGCGCAAGGAUGAGUCGGACAAUGAGGGUGACGACGAGGACGAGGCUGCCGUUCGAUGCAUCAAGGAGCAGUUUUGGGCAGUAGUCACAACCAAAUACGACUCCUUCAUCGCACGCAAGAAGUACAAGCCGUAUGUCAAGCGAGGCAGUACUGCCACGUUUGGCCACAAUGCCACCGAGUUCAGGGACGCCAUAUGCGACGAGUUGGAGUCGGAUUCUUCCGAGUCGAAUGAUGAUCUCGUCACUGCCCUCGUCAGCCUCUCGCAGGAGGGGAUUGAGGACCUCUACUUGGCACUGGGUGCCGACAGAGUCAAGAGAGCAGCAGCCACACAGGUGGAGCCGUCGGAUUCCGACGAGUCUCUGCAAAGGCCAUCACGCCAGAAGCGCCGGAAGACCGGCUCGAGCAGCUCCAAUAACAGCAAAGAGUGA